GUGUGAGUGCAACUACGCUCCAGCAGGGCCCUAGCGGCAGUCUCCAAACCCAGAAAGGGGGAGAAGUACAGGAUUGCAAUCGACUUUACUUCUAAAGAAAAACUGAGAACCUUCUCAUUCUGCUUCAUGAAAACUAAGCUGAGUCAGCUUCCGCCAAGUGACUAUUAAUUAGGCAAAACGGGCAACUUGCCAGGGACUUGAGCUGCGUCUCUUCAGCACAGCCAGUUCUUUUCUCUGCAGCUGAUUGGCUCCCCAGCGUGGCCAGAAGCCUGUGUCCCGCGGUUAAGGACACGGGGCUCUCUAACUGUGGGUCUGUUUUUCCCUCUCUUCUGAGCGAUGGCGCUUACCAUCUUUAUUCUCCGACUGGCCAUCUACAUCCUGGCAUUUCCCGUGUUCCUGAUGGACUUCCUGGGCUUGUGGAGCUGGAUAUGCAAAAAAUGGUUCCCCUAUUUCUUGGCGAGUUUCACUGUGACAUACAACGAACAAAUGGCAAGCAAAAAGAGGGAGCUCUUUGGCAACCUGCAGGAGUUUGUGGGCCCCUCUGGGAAGCUGUCCCUGCUGGAGGUGGGCUGUGGCACAGGGGCCAACUUCAAGUUCUACCCAUCUGGGUGCAGAGUGACCUGUGUUGACCCCAAUCCCAACUUUGAGAAGUUUUUGAUCAAGAGCGUUGCUGAAAACCGACAUCUGCAAUUUGAGCGUUUUGUGGUGGCUUCUGGGGAGAACAUGCACCAGGUGGCCGAUGGCUCUAUGGAUGUGGUGGUCUGUACCCUGGUCUUGUGCUCAGUGCAGAACCAGGAACAGAUUCUCCGAGAAGUGUGCAGAGUGCUCAAGCCGGGAGGGGCUUUUUAUUUCCUGGAGCAUGUGGCAGCUGAGCGAUCCACCUGGAAUUCCUUCUGGCAACAGGUCCUAGAUCCUCUCUGGUACCUUCUGUUUGAUGGGUGCAACCUGACCAGAGAAAGCUGGAAGACGCUGGAGCGGGCCAGCUUCUCUAAGCUGAAGCUCCAGCACAUUCAGGCCCCGCUGUCCUGGAAGUUAGUGCGCCCUCAUAUCUAUGGAUAUGCGGUGAAAUAGUGUCAGUAAGCAGGAGAGUGCCGAGUGGCUCAAGUAACAGGGGAUUCAGUUGUCCAUGGGCCAGACUAACUGGGAGAAGGGAAACCCUGAUUUUUAGAUAAAUUUGAAUUUCAUUCUGAAAAGCUUCUCUUAUGUUGUAUUAGUCAUUUUCUCUUAUCUCCUAAAGAAUUAAAAACUAAACAAAAUGACAGCUUUGGACUCCCCCUACAAAGGAACAGUGGGCUUUCAUAAUUGAAGCCCACCAUUAUACCCAAAUUUUACUUUAUUCAUUGACUUCAAAAGCUUUCCGAUCUUCUUUAGGCUUUUCCAAUUAUAAUCCAACAGAUUAUAAUUUCACCUCUUCUUUGAGAGUUUGACACUAAUAAGCAGUUAAAUCACUCAGAAGAAUGUGAAAAGGGGGCAGUGCAAAAAUCUUAAUAAUUCAUGGACUGAAUUGAAAAUCCAAGUUCAGGCAGCGCCUAUGGCUCAGUGAGUAGGGUGCCGGCCCCAUAUACUGA